AUGAGCAAGUGUCGUGGUCACCAUACUGCCAGGAAGCUCCGCAGCCACCACCGGGACCAGAAGUGGCAUGAAAAACAAUACAUGAAAGCCCACUUGGGCACAGCCCUGAAGGCCAAUCCUUUUGGAGGUGCCUCUCAUGCCAAGAGAAUCGUGCUGGAAAAAGAUGGAGCUGCGAAGGUGACUUGUAUGGCCUGGUCCCAGAACAACGCUAAAUAUGCUGUCUGCACAGUGGACCGAGUGGUAUUGCUGUACGAUGAGCAUGGGGAGCGGAGAGACAAGUUCUCCACCAAGCCAGCUGACAUGAAGACUGACAACAUCAUCUAUGCCUACAAGAUUGGAGAAGAUUGGGGUGACAAGAAGGUCAUCUGUAACAAGUUCAUCCAGACGAGUGCAGUCACCUGUCUACAGUGGCCUGCAGAGUACAUUAUUGUCUUUGGACUGGCUGAAGGCAAGGUUCGCUUAGCAAACACUAAAACUAACAAGUCGUCUACCAUCUAUGGGACGGACUCGUAUGUGGUGGCGCUGACAACCAAUUGCUCUGGGAAAGGCAUCCUCUCAGGUCACGCAGACAGCACCAUCGUCAGGUAUUUGUUCGAUGAUGAAGGCUCCGGAGGGUCACAGGGGAAGGUGGUUAACCACCCAUGCCCACCGUAUGCCUUGGCUUGGGCAACCAACAGCAUCGUGGCAGCAGGCUGUGAUCGGAGGAUUGUGGCCUAUGGAAAGGAAGGCCACGUGCUACAGACUUUUGACUACAGCCGUAAUCCUCAGGAGCAUGAAUUCACCACAGCUUCAGCAAGUCCUGGAGGCCAGUCUGUCGUGCUAGGAAGCUACGACAGACUCCGGGUGUUCAACUGGAGUCCUCGAAGAAGCAUCUGGGAAGAGGCCAAGCCCAAGGAGAUUGCCAACUUAUACACCAUCACAGCCUUGGCGUGGAAGCGGGACGUCUCCCGGCUCUGUGCGGGCACCCUCUGUGGUGGGGUGGAACAGUUUGACUGCUGCCUCCGAAGGAGUAUUUACAAGAACAAGUUUGAGCUGACGUAUGUGGGACCCAGCCAGAUAGCCUGGCAGGGAUCUGGUGGCAAUGAGAAAUAUUUCUUUGAAAAUGAGAAUUGGAUCUGAUUGGCAGCUACAACAUUGGUACUAUCAGUCACGAGAGCCGUGUGGAUUGGCUGGAACUUAAUGAGACUGGGCACAAGCUUCUCUUCAGGGAUCGGAAACUUCGUUUGUAUCUAUAU